UUUCUUCCUUUUCUUGCGUGUUGAUAUGUGAAGUUCUACCUUUAAUAAACCAAUUCUCGAUUUGUACAGGAUAUUCACAAGUGCACGUGCAUGAUCCGGCUGAUAGCAACCCUGAUCGGGAUUUGUCAUCACCUAUGAAUUUGUCAUCACCCAUGAAUUUGUCAUCACCCAUGGUUUGCCACUAUCCGUAUACUUAUUAUCCUAGUUUAUAGGCAAAAUAUUUCGUGUACUGAAAUUACGACAAGGAUGUGGAGGUUUUUCAUUGCUAUAUAAAGCCAUCGUGCCCUCCCUGAGUAUCUCCCAUCCAAGCAUAACUAUUCACUCAUAAAAACUAUUCACACACCAUGUCUGCACCAAUCAACUUUACUGGCAAAAAUGCCCUCAUUACCGGCUCCUCUAGGGGGUUGGGCCUUGACGCUGCCGAGGGCUUAGUUCGCGCUCAGAUCUCCACUGUCUUUAUCACGUCCAGAAGUGAUGAGGCAGUCCAAAAGGCCAAGAAAUACCUUGAAUCUAUUGCCGCCGAGCACAAUCCAAAGUGCCAGAUCGUUGGAGUCGCUGCCGAUAUAAGCAGCGAUCUGGGCUUGGAUACUCUUUAUAAGGCUGUUGUAGCCAAGGUGGAUAAGCUCCACGUCUUGAUCGCCAACGCUGGUGUUUUCAAGGGCGGAGCGAUUGAGGCCCACCCUGUCUCGGCCAUUCGCGAAGUUUUAGACGUGAACAUUACCGCAGUUUUUGCUUCCAUUCAAAAGCACUUGUCGUUGUUGGAGAAGGACGGCACUCCUUCCGACCCUGCCAGAAUUUUGAUCACCGGUUCUAUCGCUGGCAUUGGCGCCGAUGUGGGCGUUGGCGGUGGCUACGGGUAUGUCGCCUCCAAGGCUGGCGUGAACCACUUGGGCAGAGUUCUUGCAUUAGAGUUGGGACCACGUAAUAUCACCGUCAAUGUGCUCGCGCCAGGUUUCUUCCCUACCGAAAUGACCGACGGUUUGUUGGACGUUAUGGGAAAGGCCUAUGUGGCGAACAACCCAAGAAGGAGAGUGGGCAGCUCGCAGGACUUUAUGGGGAUCGUUCAGUUCAUGUGUGGUGGUGUUGGUAGUGACUACCUCAACGGUGUUGUGUUACCAAUCGACGGUGGGAUCCACCUAGCUGGUCGUCUGUAUGAGUAGUUUGUUUCACGAAUAAUGUACUAAAGGUACGAUUGAGGCAGAUAAGUGUCAUUGGGCGAUCUCUUCUUAGCUCAGAUUAGGCUAUAUUCCGUACAGCUACCGAGUGUUGGGAAUUUCAGUUUUAUAUCUUGUGAAUGAAAAAUAUUCUUUUGACUAGUUAGUGGUAUCUAUUAGCAUCUGAGAGUUUAUGGGUGUAGUGCAUAAAAUAGGAUAUCUGUGGUAUAUCUAGUAGGUAAUAGUGGAUACUGUUAGUUGGCUAAAAGAGAAUACUAUCAAUGUAAGAUAUCCACAAGAAAAGGUCAGUCAGUAGCCUUAUAUACUGAGGCGGUUAGGAUGCCAGGGUGUCCGCUUAUCAGAAGUAAGGGUAAGAGACUAGGAUAAGAGAGUAAGAUAAGAAGGUAGAGUGAGUGUAGGGUAAGAGGUGGAGGUGAUUAGAAUAAGAGUAGGGUAAGAGAUGGAGAUGAUUAG